CCCAUCCCAUCCUCCGCCACCCUUUCCCUCAUGUCACAUCUUUCCCAGAAUUAUGGAAAUUUUGUGGAAGGCGCUGACUUGGACAUUGAGCCUGGUGGUCAUGGCUGCUUCCGAAUUUCAGAGCGUCGAUCCACUUCUACACAACUCCCAAGAGGAGUUCCUGUCCUACCUGCAGCACUACCAGCUGACUGUUCCCGUGCGAGUGGAUGAGAAUGGCGAGUUCCUGAGCUACGCCGUGAAGCACCACCGACCCGGACGGCGGAGACGCGGGGCGGCCGACCCCUCGGCGGGCCCGUAUCCGGAGCCGCCCGAUUCCCAGCUUUUCUACAGACUCUCCGCCUACGGGAAGCACUUCCACUUAAACCUGACUCUCACCCCUCACCUGGUCUCCAAGCGCUUCACGGUGGAGUACUGGGGGCGCGAUGGCCUGGAGUGGCGCCACAACCUGGUGGACAAUUGCCACUAUGUGGGAUUCUUGACAAACCGGCGCGGGGCCACUCGAGUGGUGCUCAGCAACUGCAAUGGCCUGCACGGCAUCAUAACGACGGAAGAAGAACAGUAUUUAAUUGAGCCAUUAAAAAACACCUCCUCCCCCGCCGGCGAACGGAACCCGGAUGAAGCGCAGCAACACGUCAUCUAUAAGAUGUCCGCCAUGCCCUCGUCGCAGGAGCAGAGCCACGAGUCGAGCUGCGGCAUUUCAGAUCCGGUUAAAAACAGCAGCCACGCCCCGGCCCGAGCAUCCGCCGCAAGCCGACCCGAAGACGCGGGCCGCAACGGCGCGCGGCGAACGCGGCGCUCCGUCAGCACCGAGCGUUUCGUGGAGACGCUGGUGGUGGCCGACAAGAUGAUGGUCGGCUAUCACGGCCGCAAAGACAUCGAGCACUACAUCCUGUCCAUCAUGAAUAUUGUUGCCAAACUUUACCGUGACGCCAGCCUAGGAAAUGUUGUGAACAUUAUCGUGACGCGGCUCAUCGUUCUGACCGAAGAUCAGCCUAACCUGGAGAUCAACCAUCACGCCGACAAGUCUCUGGACAGCUUCUGCAAAUGGCAAAAGUCCAUCCUGUCCCACCACGGCGACAGUGGCAACAGCAUUCCGGAAAACGGGAUGGCCCACCACGACAACGCCGUGCUCAUCACUCGGUAUGACAUCUGCACCUACAAGAACAAGCCCUGUGGAACGCUAGGCUUGGCCUCGGUGGCAGGAAUGUGCGAGCCGGAGCGGAGCUGCAGCAUCAAUGAAGACAUUGGCCUGGGCUCGGCUUUCACCAUCGCACACGAGAUCGGCCACAACUUCGGCAUGAACCACGACGGCAUCGGCAACUCGUGCGGCACCAAAGGCCACGAGACGGCCAAGCUGAUGGCGGCGCACAUCACGGCCAACACCAACCCCUUCUCCUGGUCGGCCUGUAGCAAGGACUACAUCACCAGCUUUCUCGACUCAGGUCGGGGGACGUGUCUGGACAAUGAACCUCUGAAACAAGACUUCCUGUACCCAACAGUGGCUCCGGGGCAGGUGUACGACGCCGACGAACAGUGCCGCUUCCAGUACGGUGCCUCCUCGCGCCAGUGCAAAUAUGGGGAAGUGUGUAGAGAGCUCUGGUGCCUUAGCAAAAGCAACCGCUGCGUUACAAACAGUAUUCCUGCCGCCGAGGGAACACUGUGCCAGACGGGGAGCAUCGAGAAAGGGUGGUGCUACCAAGGCGAGUGCGUGUUGUUCGGGACCUGGCCGCAGAGCGAGGACGGAGGCUGGGGCCCCUGGUCCAUGUGGGGGGAGUGCAGCAGGACGUGCGGUGGCGGCGUCUCCUCAUCCGUGAGGCACUGUGACAGCCCAGCGCCUUCCGGAGGAGGAAAGUACUGCCUAGGGGAGAGGAAACGCUACAGGUCCUGUAACACUGCUGCCUGUCUUUCGGGAUCCCGUGAUUUCCGCGAGAAGCAGUGCGGCGACUUUGACGCCAUGCCUUUCCGAGGGAAGUACUACAACUGGAAGCCUUACACCGGCGGGGGGGUCAAGCCGUGCGCCCUCAACUGCCUAGCGGAGGGAUACAACUUCUACACCGAGCGCUCCCCGGCCGUCAUCGAUGGCACGCGAUGCCAGGCCGACUCCCUGGACAUCUGCAUCAACGGCGAGUGUAAGCACGUGGGCUGCGACAACGUGCUGGCGUCGGACGCCAAGGAGGAUCGAUGCCGAGUGUGCGGCGGCGACGGAAGCGCCUGCGAGGCCUCCGAGGGACUCUUCAACAACUCUCUGCCCCGAGGAGGCUACAUGGAGGUGGUCCAUAUCCCCAAAGGUUCCGUUCACAUCGAGAUCCGAGAGGUUACCAUAUCCAAGAACUACAUCGCUUUGAAAUCCGAGGGAGCCGACUAUUACAUCAACGGCGCGUGGACCAUCGACUGGCCAAGAAAGUUCGACAUCGCCGGCACCGCCUUCCACUACAAGAGGCCCACCGAUGAACCCGAGUCUUUAGAGGCCCUCGGGGCAACUACAGAGAACCUGAUUGUCAUGAUCCUCCUCCAGGAACAAAACCAGGGCAUCCGCUACAGGUUCAACGUGCCUAUUCAGCGCACGGGAAGUGGCGACAACGAGGUGGGCUUCUCCUGGUACCACCUGCCCUGGUCCGAGUGUUCAGCGACAUGCGCGGGAGGCUCCCAGAAGCAGGAGGUGGUGUGCAAGCGACUGGACGACAACUCGGUGGUCCAGAACAGCUACUGCGACCCGGACAGCAAGCCCCCCGACAAGCAGCGGGACUGCAAUAGCGAGCCCUGCCCUCCUGAGUGGUUCAUUGGGGACUGGUCCCAAUGUGCUAAGACGUGCGACGGCGGCCUCCGGACCAGGACGGUCCUGUGCAUCAGGAAGAUCGGGCCGGCCCAAGAGGAGACCCUGGAGGACACUCACUGUCUCACCCACAGACCCAUUGAGCAAGAGGCCUGUAACAACCAGUCCUGCCCACCUAAGUGGGUCACUUUGGACUGGUCUGAGUGUACGCCCAAAUGCGGGCCCGGCUUCAAGCAUCGCAUCGCCUUGUGCAAGAGCAGCGACCUGAGCAAAACCUUCCCGCCCGCCCACUGUCCGAGCCAGAACAAGCCGCCGGUUCGAAUUCGCUGCAGCAUCGGCCGCUGUCCUCCUGCGCGCUGGAUCCCCGGCGAAUGGGGGCAGUGCUCAGCGCAGUGCGGCCUGGGCCAGCAGAUGCGUACAGUGCAGUGCCUAUCCUACACGGGGCAGCCAUCCAGCGAGUGCGCCGACGCCCUACGGCCCAGCGCCAUGCAGCAGUGCGAGAGCAAGUGCGACGCCACGCCCAUCUCCAAUGGCGACGAGUGCAAAGAUGUCAACAAAGUGGCCUACUGCCCACUAGUACUCAAGUUCAAGUUCUGCAGUCGGGCCUACUUCCGUCAGAUGUGCUGCAAGACGUGUCAGGGCCACUGAGCCCGACGCAAAGAUGGGAGGCCCGCGAGCCCGGAAAGGAGUGCCAACACCGACGACGACUCCGCAGCACCCAAAACGAGAAGUCGACCUUUCGCGGAGCCCAACCACUGCUCAGCCGAACAAGCUGACACAAAAACUGUUCACUUCUGUGAAGUGGAGCUCGGAGGAGGAUCGGUUGGUGAUGUUAUUUUAUUAUAAUAAUAAUUCCCCGUAUCAUUGUGGCGUCUUCCUCCGAGUUGCUGUUUGAUCCAAAGUGCUGGACACCUGGCUGACAGAGGACGGAUGGAUGGACAGGCGAGAAACGCUGUCGACGGGCAGACCUUUGGCUUGGCUGCACUUUUUUUUGGGGGGGGGUGUAAAAUACCGAACAGCCAAGGAUAUACGACAGCGCCAAGCAAGCCCCGCCCUCGAUCAUCAGCGUAAUUGUGUAUUUAUUAUCCAAGAGUCACAUUGUAGCCUACUAUCUUGGAAGUGAAUACGCGUCAUCGAACAAAAGCCUGACGUAAUGCCAUGCAGUGUUUCCCCAAUCUUUACGAAGCCACGGCACAUAUUUUACAUUAGAAAAAAAAUCUCAAGGCACGCCACCAAACAAAGGGAAAAAAAAGCAAUAUUGCAUUUUGGAAAUGACCAAGAAAUUAAGAGUAAUUGAAUGAAAACGUGUUAGUCAAGGAUCAGCAGUCAUCCAUACCAAAUAGCUCCCCUUGCCCACAUGUGAGGGCAUUACAGUACCUUAGUCAUUCACUAGCAGCUGAUUUGAACGCAGCCAUUUUCUGUCCCCCUCCACCGACGCCCACCGACCACAAGGGUGCCCUGCUUGCCAACAUUCAGCCAGCAAAUCUGCACGCAAGACUUGUGAUCGAUACUCUCGACAAAUUGGCAUCUAAAAAGAGAUCAUGAGACUUUAUCGCAAUGAUUCUGAAACUUUGAUUUUUUUAUUAUUUUUUUUGGUUUGUUUGUUUUAUUGGGGGCUUCCUCCCUUCCGGUUUGAUGGGGCACGGAAUAUGCGUCCCAUAUGUUGAAUAUCUGUGGCUGUUUUCAGUUCCUCCAGCCAAUGAGAACAAAAACGCAAAAAAAAAAAAAAAAGUUCAAUAUGGUGCUUGUGGUGCUAAUCAUGGUAAAUGCUGGUCGUGUUCUUGUCAUGUUGUUUGUUGUACCUCACACUGGGAAUGUAUUUGUUGGAGUAUUGUAUGGCAAAAACAAAACAAAACAAAACAAAAAAAAAUGACAGGACAUUUGCAUCCCAUCACUAACAAGCCAUUACUGCUGGCUCAGGAAAGCGAAACUUCAUAUCGGAUUCUUUGUUAUUGUUGUUGCUGCUGCUGCUACUUUUUGGUAGCAAACAUCAACGUCAUUCCUUGAAGGAGGCCGUCAAGAGAUGUGGAAAAAGGACAGCGGGAGAGCGUUUGGAUUCAAAGCGCUCAGACUCAAAAAAAAAAAAGAAAGAAAAA